AUGAAUUUUUUGAAACCAUAUAUGAAGGAAAGGGAAACAGUAUCCUCAGUUGAAGCUCAAAGUGACGUGGAGAAAAAUAGUUCCGAUACAGAAGACGAUGAAACUUUUUCUGAAAAUGAAACUAAUCAAUCUAAUAAUAUCGCCAUGAAGAGUAUUUCUUCACCUGAUGAAAAUAUUACACAUAGUACACUACCGGCAAAAUCUCAAACAUUUUGUGUACCUCAAAAUAAUCGAGGGCCUCAAGCUAUAGCGUAG